AUGAGUGAAGUCAAUUAGAGUCAAUAGACACUCUAAAGAGAGGGAAUUGAAAUAUUGAAUGAUGUUGCAGAGACAUCAAAAAUUGACGAGUCGGUUUUAGAUAGCAAUCUAACUUUGUUUGAAAAGAUUACUCAUCAUAAAUGGUAGAUAAGAAGAUUGGUCUUAAUGAAUUUAACAGAGGAAUAUUAGAAAAACUAAACUGUUUAUGAAUUUUAAUCUGCAUGGCUUAAAAAUAUAAUAAAUGAUAGCAAUUAAUUUGCUAUGACAGAGGGCCUUAAAUUUAUUUAAGUGUUUGUCAAAAGUUAACAAAUGAACUAUCACAUUUUACCAUACUUUAUUGGUGACCUAAUUGAAAGAGGUUCAUUUGUAAAGUCUCAAAUCCAAGACCUAGUAAUUGAAAUAUUAUUGCAAUGUUGUAAAACAACUCAAGACACUGGAUUUAUCCUAUCAGAAAUUUAAAGAAAAAUAGAGGCUAAACAUCCCAAGAUUAUGACUCUGUGUUUGACUUUCAUUGAAAAGAUCCUAGAACUGUCCCCCAAUCAUUUUAUCAAAGAUUAAAUUAGGGACUUCAUCGAAUUAUGUGUGUCUUUAGUUUAACAUACAAAUAAAGUAAUCAGAUAGAAGUCAAUUAAUAUAUUCUGCAAACUCUUUUAAAUGAUUUCAGAGAGUUUUGAACAAGUCAAGAAGACUUAUUUAGACAAACGAUUGAGACAGAUUCAAAUUAAGGAACUAGAAUAAUUAUGCAACAAAAUCACAAAAAGAACUUAGAAAAUUGAAAUUCAGUCUAUCUAACCAGUCAUUCAGAUAAUUGAUUUACACACAUUGUUACCAGAUAAAUUCUUUGAAAUGCCCUAUUACAAACACAAUGAAAAGAAGAACAUAACUGAACAAUUUGCUAAGAAUUUGGAGAAGUAUGAUGGAGACAUUGAUAAUUCUAAAGAUUAUGGGAGUAUUUAUGCAAUUAUCAUAACCUUGCUUGAAGAGAGCAAUUAUUUAAUAUACAGUCAGGGUAUGAGAUGCGUUAAGGGAUUGGUAAGAUUAUUGAGAAGAGGAAUUCCUUAACCAGUUGCUAAACACUUCUUUAUUUUGAUCUUGGAUAAGUUAAAAGGCUCUUUGUCUAAGCCUUUAUAAUCGGCUGUGUUUAAUCUCUUGGAAGAUAUAUUGAUAUAUGAAAAUAUCUCAUGUGACCAAUUCAUGGAACUUAUGAUAAAUUAAUUAGAAUCAUCAAAAAACAUUGGAUUAAAGAUUGCAUGUGCAAGAUGGUUUAAAGAUGGUUGGCUAGCCUUAGCAUUGGCUGUUUAAACAGGUUCUUAUGAAUCCUCAGAUUCUGAAGUACUCAAGAAAUUUGCUUAGUCAAAUAGUGAGAAAAUAUCGAAAUCUCUUCUUGUUCUUUAUAAGAAGGUAUAAUCUAUUUUGAAAAAAGAGAACAAUUUAAAUUAUAAGAAAGUGCUAUUAGAUUUAAUCAACUCAAUGCAAUGUGAUGAAUAAAGUCUCUAGGUCACUGUUAUUGAAUCAUAGAUUGCUAUUGUCAAUCCUUAAUUUGAUUUUUAAGAAUCCAGAAUCACUGAGAAAUAACCUAGAAAACAAUAGAUUAAUUCUGUAAAGAGUAGGUAUUAAACUGAUGAAGAUUUGUGUGAAUUUGCUUAGAUUGGAGAAGAAAUGUAGAAUUUUAAUUAGGGUAAUAAAAACAGGUAAAGUAUAGAAUUACCUACUUCUUAAUUGAAUAGAGAAUAAAUAGAGUUCAUGAAUAAGUUUAGUAGUGAUCUCAUACAAUUAAGAAAGCUGUCAUAAAACAAUUAAGAUCAAUAAAUAUAAAAUAAAAUAGAAGAAAUCUAACUUUCAUUCAAGACUCAUUAUUCAGAUAAAAACAUUACCAGCAAUGAUUUCUUAUAACAAAUGACCAACAAUGUUAUAGUGGAAUUGUUACAUUUCUGUAAGAAGGUCUAAGUGUAAAAGAAAAUAAUUGCUGAUAAAUUGUAUGACUUCAUAAUAUCAUUGUUGAUUAAAAUGAAUAAAAUCUAAGUGACAUUAGAUCAAGAAAUGCUCUAUUAAGAAUAUAAGAUAUGUUUAAUUCAGUUAAAUCAAUUGGACAUUCAAAAACUGAUGGCACUCUUAGAGAGCUUAUACAUUUGCAAUUCAUUGGAAAGUAUGAUCAAGAUUGGAUACAGGAUAACUAAUAAGUAUCUCUAAAAAUAAACAAAUAGUAAUAUUAAAAUCUUCCAAGCAUUCAUUAACUGGAUUACAUCAAAAAUUAAUGCUGCCACUUAACAGCAAUUAGAUUCUGGAUUUAUAAGAACUUCUUAUAAGACUUUUGAAACUACUUUUAAAAUGUUCCCAUAAACAUAAUUAGAUGUUAGAUUGUUAUUAAAUGCAUUAAAAGGCCGCAUAGUAAAUCAAUAGGUGGAAUAAUUGGAUUAAUAUUAAGAUUUGCUAAAUUAAUCAUAAAGAAAGUCUAAGUCAAAGUCUUUUGGAUCCUAAUCUAGAUUUUCUCCUUAUGAAACACCAAACAAAACUCAAAGUAAAUUGGAGUUUUCUGAUUCCGAGGAAAAAGAAAAUUAGGAAUCUUUACAGUAAAUAGAACAAUAGGUUUCCACUCAUUUCACAUUAUAAGGAUUGGAGAAAUUUAUCCAUUAUUUGAAUCGUCAUAGAGCCUAUCAACUUUGUAACUAAUCAUAACACACAGUAUUUUUAAGUCCAAAUUCUAGUUCACCUGGUAAACACUGGAGAAGAGGAAUCGGCAGAGAAAACAUGAUUAUAAGUUCUCCAAAUAGAUAGUAAUAUGAAAGUUCUAAAUUCGAAGAUUUCACAAAGAUUUUAGAAAUAGUUUGUUAGAAUUUCAGCAUUUAAAUUCAGAAUUAAGUCUUCUAGAUGUUUUAUUUGCUCAAACAUAUCUUUCCAAGCAGUCAAUAGUGUCUGAUCUAUCUUAUCUUUGCCUACAUUUGCCCAAAGACAGAAUAUUCAGAAAGUUUUGAAGUGUUCCUGAGUACCUUCCUGUAACUUGACAAAAGCGUUAUGGCAUACUAAUAUAGGUAGGCUUUUAAUAUCUUAUAUCAAAAAUCAGAGAAUGAAAAAGUAUUGAUUAAUUUGAUACACACUGGAUUCAACUUUCUAUUUCAAAAAAUAUUUGAAAAUGAUUUGCUUACAUGUAUUCAAUAUUUCAUCACCACUUUAACCUACAUGUUAACUUAGAAUAUGUUUUGUUAAAUAGCAAAUGAUUUUCUAAGUAAGUUUUAACAACAAACCAAUAACUUUAAUUAAAUUGUGGAAACUGAAUUAAUUAAUUAUAAGAAGUUGUAUGACACCUACUUAAAUUGGUAGUAAUUAUAAUACUAAACACAUGAAAAGCCUUUGAUUGAUGUGUAAAAACUAUACAAGUAACAACAGAAUGACAUCUUGAUAGUUGAUCUUUAGGAAAUUGAUGAAUGCGCAUCCAAAAGAGAAGAAACAGUGAGAGAACAUGUAAAUAAUAGUUAACAAGACAAUUUUAUCCACAUCAACAAAGAGGACUUUGAAUUAUUGGAAAGCACCACUAAAAACUUUAAUUCUCAAUAAACAUUAAGAUUUACUGAGGAAGGACAAUAACAAUAGCACGAUAUUUUAAAUAUCCAAUAAUUCAUUAGUCCUCUCUAAUAAAUAAGUCAAAUCAGCAAUUAAAUGCAUGACACUGUUAUUCAGGAUUUAGCAAAAAACCUCUACUCAAAUGAUACUCAUAGACUAAAGGAGUUAGACAUGAUCAAACUGUAAAAUGAAACCUAUCGAUAACAUAAAAGGGAUAGUCAUAAAUAGGUCUAAGAGUCAUAUCCAUAACCACCAUUAAAGGACCCAAUGAAAUAGAAGAUUGAGAAAAUCUACGAAGAAGUUCAAAAUGAAUCUGUUAAUGGAAAUUUCAAUGAAAAAAGUCUACUUGGUGAUGUGCUAGCCCCCAUUGAAACUACAUCACUCUUUGAUUAGGCCAGAAACUUAAAAAGAAAUGAAUGCAUAAAGCAAAUGUAAGAAAUUUUAUUGACAUCAACUUCAUUAUAUUUUGAUGUAGCAUCAACUCUGCUUCUUUAGUAUGAAAAUUUAGAUAUGGCUGAAGAUAAAUUGGCCUUCAUCAAUGAUCUUAAAUUAUCAUUGGUCAAUUAAACUUUGCUAACUAAUAUUAAUCAGCAAAACUUCUCAGUCAUCCUAGCCAUCGUCUUGAGAUUGUGUACAACUCCUGCAACUUAAUCUGAAAUCUAUAACAGUUCGUUAGGAUAUGAUGAUAAUCAACUGACAAAGUCCUUAUAGCAAAUCUUAGACGUUCUAUUGCACUCUAAGGAUACUGAACAAGUACUGAUUUGCUUAAUACAUGUGUUUAAUGAUCAUUUGCCUAUGGACUUCACAAAUGAAAUUUCAAAAAAUUAGUUUUUAGAUGAAAAAAUGAUGUUAAGGUUAAAUUUGAAAUGCAUCGAGAGAUUGAUAUAAAACAGUGAAAAAUUGCAUGUAUUUGGGAUUUUAAUUGAAAUACUUAAAUUCUUUAAAUGCCAUCCUCCUGAAAACUUAAUUGAAGGGCUACCCUCAAUUAAGGAACUUGAGUUAUACUUUAGAUAAUUGAAAUAAAUCACUGACAGUUUGUUGAAUAAUAAUUUAUAGGAAGGAAAAGAAUUUUUAGAGUUUGUUUACAGAAAAAAUAAUAAAUGCAUCUUUUUAGAUUAUGUCAAAAGUGUAAUUGAAAAAAAAUGA